AUGGAAGGAGAUUCGUCAGAUGGAUUUUCUCUUGCACCAGAAGAAAUUAGGCCCUAUAAUUUUGAGCCUUUAUUAGACAACACUCAAGGCAGAAAUGGAAGUGAAUCUGAAGAUUCAGAGGACAGUGAUUUGGGGUUACAUGAUGAGGAAAAUGCAGUAGGAGGAAUUGCUACCCGAAGACAGAAUUUAGCAUGGUGUGUCUGUCAAAGAUGCCAAGUAAUGGAAACUGAUGAAGAAUGUUUAUGCUGUCAUGAAAUUGCACCCAUUUUAGAAAAAAUAGAAGCUAAACAUUUAAAGUGCAUCACGGAACAUGAUGGGUUUCAGGGAAAUUGUCUAAAUAUUGAUGUCCUGGAAGUCUCCAUGUAUGAGUUUAUAGACAUGGAUGGGCCCCUUGAUGACAACGAACCAAUUCACCAAUUAUACAGAUACUUAGCAUACAGGCGAUUUACUCGUUGGAUCUGGCAUAUCCUUGGAAGAAGGAGACGAAAAAUUAUCCCAGCUUGUGUGGUAUCCAAAAUCAGACAGACAUUUCCAUCAGAGUCUUAUGCCGGUUUCAAAUAUCCACGUUUAUGA